AUUUGAGUAAUAAGCUUUUGAAUAAUAAUGAAUGUGUCGCCUUUACGGGCACUGCUUAAACAGACAAACUGUCUUUUAUUUCGCGCUCACGUCUAUCAAUCUUAAGUUAAAAUCAUGUUACAACAAAACCGGGAUGUUAUUCAUCGUCUGGUACUGUUGCUCCUAUUAAUCAUGCUUACUGCGUUAAUUACAAGCCCUUCAGACUUUUCUAGUCCACGAAGCUAGUAAUUUAACCGAUUCUACGUUUUCAGUAAAAAUAAGACGGCAAAUGUUUAUGUACUUGCUAAGUUAAGAAGCAUCUACUCUAUGUUUAAACUGUGGAUGAGGGUUAUUAAUUAUUUAGCCUUCUUACUAUAUUUGACAUGUGACAUCAAUAUUCAUUCAAAUGUGCUAACAGCUAACAUCGGCACUCUCCUAGACCUGUACGGGGUGGAAAAAGGUCUGGACCACUUCAGAUCCUCACAAGAGCUGACUUUCGACGAGUUCCGCUACUACCUCCAGCACGAAGUCUUCAGCUCCUUGCCGAAGACCACCACUCUUCCCAUUGUCAGGGAAUAUGAAAAGAAAAUUAGUGAGGUAUGUUGGUUGGUGUGCCGCAAGAGUCUACUCUCCCGUGACAAAGGAGUUUUUAGUGAUGACUCCGUACUGAAACUCUUCAGAAUAUUCUGUCUUCUCGGAGACCUGGUGCAAGACGCUGAUGACUCCAAUCACUAUGUGGUGGUACUCCAACCAUCAGAGGCUGGUAUAGUAGCCGAGCAGCUAGUCCACUGCCUCGGCCUCCGCUGGGACGCUGCCGACUGGGAGGCUCUAGGAUCCUCCAUAGGCCAUUUCAAGUGGGCAGCAUUCCUAGCUGUAUUAGAGGCCAAGUACUGUGGAGACCAGCAACUGCAUGCAGAGGCUUUAGUCGAAGCUGUCGACGAGAUCUAUGAUGUUUUCAUAGAAGAUAUUAUUAAAAAGGGUUACCUAUUCAAACGCGGCUACCUGCUCCCAACCAUGCGGGAGUACUGGUGCGUGCUCCAGCCGUGCGCCCUCACGUACUACAAGAGCUCGUCGCAGAAGGAGCAGUGCGGGAGGGUGGUCAUCGACGAGUACUGCUCGGUGGAGGCGGCUGCUGGGGAGGGCAAAAUACAGAGGUUCCAGCUCAUCACGCCUGACAGGACCUUCGAGUUUGGCACACAGGAUCAUAAGAGUCGUCUCCAAUGGAUCUCUGCGCUCCGCCAGGCGGCCGCAGUCUCCGGCGGGGUGGAGGGCUACCAGCGGCGCGCGCGUGCGCUGCGGCGCGGGGCGGGCGCGCGCCGGGAGCGGGAGGUGCGCGAGACUCGCGCCAGGCUGCAGCAUGAGGUCAAAGCCAGGCUCGCGGCUGAGGCACAGGCGCAGGAGCUGGUAGAAUUAGCACAACAAGACAAUAAGAAAUUAGAAGAAUUAAAACACGCACAAGUUGAACUAGAGAGGUUAUUGCAAGAAGAAACGCAGGCUAAACGAGACGAAGAAAUUGUUAGAGCAUUACAAGCUAGGGUAUUGGCAGAAGAAUGGGAGAGACGAGAGGAAUUAGAAAGACUUCAAGAAGAACAAAAUAAAAUGCUUGAGGAAGAAAGAUUGAAACGUCACCAAUUUGAACUUUUGCAAGCGGAGAAGGAAUCUCAAUUUAAAGAAGCAGAAAGGCGCUUGAAAGAACUAGAAGAAGAGAAACGAAAGCUAGAUGCAGAACUGAAAGCAGCUCAAGACAAAAUCUCCAAGACUGAAAACACGGCGUAUGCCUUACAGGUGCAACUCAGAGACCUGAACCCAGUGCUUCGCAACGGCGAGCGAGCUCGACGGGCACUCUCCUUCGUGCCGACCACCAAGAGCUCCUCUGACACACUCAUCGACGUCAGAGCCAUCAGACACCUCAAGAUCCUCGAUGAUGAAGAGAAAUUAUGAAGUGAUUGAACAAUUGUGUAUUAGUAAAAGAAAUACUACAAACCAGUAAUGUCGCUCCAUCAAAUAUUAUGUCCGCAGGAUAUACGCAUUGUAUUUCCUUAUUAGAAUUUAGUUUUCAAUGUUUAUGGAUGCGUUUUAAAGAACAAACAGAAUCGCUUCAUUCACCUUGUCCUUUUUUUCGGUUGGGAACGUACUAAAACCUUCCCACACCCUUUCUUUGCCCUUCGUGUAUCGGGGCCACGGUAACCCUUUCGGACAAUCCUGUUGACCUGGUUCACCUAGCCUGAAACAGGAUUCUUCUGAUGGAGAAAUUUUAUUGGUUCUGACAAACACGUCUUUAGCUACAUAUCCCCGGUGAAAUCGCAGCUAUUUCCAACUGCUCCAAAAACCGACCAGUCUUGAUGAUUAUCUAAGUUUGUGAAUGUUAUAAUCAUUUAUGCAUUUGGUAGCCAAUUUAUUUAUAAACGUACUACAUAAUUGGUGUUUAUAAGAAAUUUAUGUAAUCUUAAACCAUGGAUCUUUAUAUUAUACAAAGUAAAUUAUGCCAAGUCCAAGCCCUCAAAUUUACAUUUUAUUUGGACACAUCUGAAAAAUGUAUCGAAGCUUCUUUCUAGAAAUAUGGAAAUAAAAUACAUAUUUUGCUUCACAA